GCCAUAUUAUGACUUUAAAAUCAUUUAAAUCAUGAUUAACAAGUCUCAUAUUCAUUACUUCACCUUGAGACGCACAAGGUGUAACAGUAAAACAAACUUGUUCACCUGUUACCUACAUCAUAAUCAUCUAACACAUAAACUGAAACAAUAUCCUUAUUCAGUGCUGUGACGCGUUAUUAUGGUAUUGACAAAAUUUCUAAUAGUGAAGAGGAUGAAACACCAUAAAUUUAGAAUGACUACAUAGCAAUGGAAAUGCAUGGUGAAACACAACAGAAAAGCUAAUGAUGCCAACAUUGAGCUAAAAAUCUUAAGCCAGGCUCAUCUAUCUGGAGAUACAUGGCAAGCAUCAUCAGACAUUCAGACUCUUCUUUACAUGUAUUUUGUAAUGAAGUAUGAUCUCGUGAUCAUAUUUGCAGGUGAAAGUGGGGAGAUAACCAUAGCACAUCUGGCUCUUGGUAUUUGGUCAGAAAAGGAAUCAGCUGGGCAUAAAAUAAUGGCUACACUUGGUUUUGAUGACGAGAAGGCUAAAGAGCUAGCCAGAUCUAUGGACAAGGACAUUGAGAUGAGCUAUAAAUAAGUAUUUUUGGAGGAACAAUAAAUUUAUGCAUCCUUGCUCGCAAUCUUCAACUAGUUUCUGCUGCAGAAGAGCUUAUUAAAAAGUGUGUUUGGCCUUGUAGCAAUUUUGCCCCAUACUCAAUUAGCAUUGAUUUUUCCUCUCUUUUUUUAUUCGGUAGAAGACAUUCUGUAAUCUAAACGGCAACAUUAAUACCAUCAAUUUCAAUGCUGUAUUAUCUCUACAAAUUGCAGUCAUUUCAA